UGCGUGCCGUUACGCUGUGACGACAUGGAAGAGCAGCGGGUCCCGAUUGCUGCAGCCGCUUGUCAUUGUGACGAAGAUUGGCACUAAGUUUAGUGGAGCUGAAGAUCAGCUUUAUAGAAUGCCCAAGCGUUGUCCACAGCAACAGUAACUAUGAUGACAUCCCCAUCGGUGUCCAUGGAGGAUUACCAAGAGGCUGAGCAGAUGCAAGUGGGAGAGCAGACGGCGGGACAAGUGGAGGAGAGGUUGGAGGAAGAGGAGGAGAGAGAGGAAGAGGAGAGCAGCUCAGCACCGUCUGAGCCACAAACUCCUAUGGAGGUCGACAAGACGGCCAUUUACAGACACCCCUUGUUCCCCCUGCUGGCGCUGCUCUUUGAGAAAUGCGAGCAAUCCACUCAGAGCUCGGAGUGCGUGACCUCGGCCAGCUUCGAUGUGGAUAUCGAGAACUUUGUGCGAAACCAGGAGAAAGAAGGCAAGGCUUUCUUCAGUGAGGACCCCGAUUUGGACAAUCUGAUGGUGAAGGCCAUCCAGGUGUUACGGAUCCACCUGCUGGAGCUGGAGAAGGUGAAUGACCUGUGUAAAGAUUUCUGCAGCCGCUACAUCGCCUGCCUCAAGACCAAGAUGAACAGCGAGACGCUGCUCAGUGGAGAGCCAGGAAGCCCGUACUCCCCAACACAGACACAGCCGCUGAGCUCGUUCUCUGGAGCCAUGAGUCCCCAAGGUAUUGUAGUGCCAGCGUCGGCUUUACAGCAAGGCAACGUUACCGUCACAGCCAUAAACCCCACACAGGUGCUAACAGGUGGUACAGUGUAUCAGCCUGUUACAGUUGUUACUCCACAGGGGCAGGUGGUCACACAGACUCUGUCACCUGGAACAAUACGCAUCCAGAACUCACAGCUUCAGCUGCAGUUGAACCAGGAUCUAAACUUUUUCAGUCAGGAGGACAAUUCGUCUAAGGCCAAGAGAGGCAUCCUUCCCAAACAUGCCACCAAUGUCAUGCGUUCUUGGCUCUUCCAGCACAUCGGUCCCCCUUCCCCUACAGAAAAUGAGAAGAAACAGAUCGCCCUGCAGACCAACCUCACCCUGCUGCAGGUUAACAACUGGUUUAUUAACGCACGCCGACGGAUCCUUCAGCCCAUGCUGGACGCCAGCUCCUCGGACACACCUAAGAGCAAAAAGAAGACGCCCCAAACGCGCCCCCUACAACGCUUCUGGCCCAACUCCCUCGCCUCCUCUGUGUCCCAGCAACAGGUCACCAUGGAAGACGGUACUACGGUAACAGUCGGUGUGGGUGAGGACGGCCUACAGACGCUCUCAUCAGAUGGAGCUACGCUGGCCAUGCAGCAGGUCCUGAUGGGAGGUCACAGCGAGGAGGAUGAUGACGAAGAGGACGAAGAGGACGAGGACAAUGAUCCUUCCCACUCCGACAUGACCAGGCUGGGCCUGGAGACCAGCGACUCGCUGUAGUAGGACUGAACGACACACACACACACACACACACACACACUCACACACAGUUAGUAUAGAGAGAGACAUUUAAGGCGCAUCAGAGCACUAAGAAGAAAGAGACAUUCACACAAACACCUCGGCUGACGUGUUGAAGGUCAUAGAACAUCCCCGAGCUGUCAAACAGCUCGUUUGAAGUACAGAGAAAGGGCUUAAAGCCACACACACACCGAAACAACCCACACACACAGGUCAAAAUGAAGACACAAGCACAAAUCUCUCUCACAGCGGAACGCACGCAUCAUUUCCGACGCAGUUAGCCGAGUGCACUUUUUGUAUGAUACUGUAAACUUAAAGGAAGUGUUGAAAGCACAUUUUGAAAGAGCUAAAAGGAAGAAAAGUAAAAAAAAAUGUUGAUGCUGGAUGAUUCAGUUGUACUUAUCCUCAUGGUCUGGGAUGCUAUGAUGAUGAGAUUUCGUCUCUUGCAUGCCUGUGUUUGCUUUAAUCAGGCACCAGGAAGAAGAAGGAACUAUUUUUAUAGUACACUUGUCACAAGUGAUCGGUGCCAAUUUGUUUGUUUUCUCCAUUUGUUUGUUUUGCUCUGGUUUGCUAUGUUUUGUAAGGAGUAUUUAUGUAUGAAAAAGACAAAAAAAACACUUUUAACGUGCUCACCCUGUUUUGGAGGGGAUUGUGGUAACUACUUAGUACAAAGUACAAAGAAUGACUAUCCGCUGAAGGCAUAGACUCUGAAGCCUUACGUUUUUACAUUUCUAAUGCCACAAUGUGAGACACUCUCAUAUUUAUGGAAGCUUAUUUCUUCUACAAGAUAA